CAGCAGUGGGCGGGCCCAGGGCCUUCCUUAUUGGGACGCUCCCCGCUCGGUCAGGUAGUGCUGUGGCGUCCUCCUCAGCCUGCGGCUCGGCUCCUGCUUAGUGGCGACGGUUCCUAAAGAAGAUGGAAUCCACUGGAGAACUGAGACUUGGCAAGAAGCUAAAUGAAGGUAAAACUAAAGAGGUGUAUGAGCUCCCGGAUCACCCCGGCUGUGUGCUCAUGCAGUCCAAGGACCAGAUCACUGCUGGGAACGCAGCCAGGAAGGACCACAUGGAGGGGAAAGCUUCCAUCUCAAACAAGACGACCAGCUGUAUCUUCAAACUGCUGCAAGAAGCUGGUAUCAAGACUGCAUUUGUAAAAAAGUGCAGUGCCACUGGAUUCAUUGCCACGCACUGUGAGAUGAUCCCGAUAGAAUGGGUGUGCAGGAGAAUAGCCACAGGCUCCUUCUUGAAGAGAAAUCCUGGGGUCUCUGAAGGAUACAAAUUUUAUCCCCCCAAAAUUGAGAUGUUUUUCAAGGAUGAUGCCAAUAAUGACCCUCAGUGGUCUGAAGAACAGCUGAUAGCUGCAAAACUAAAUGGUGCUGGACUUGUAAUUGGGCAGGCAGAGGUUGACAUCAUGAGCCAUUCCACAGUGGCCAUCUUUGAGAUUCUGGAAAAAGCAUGGUCAACCCAAGACUGCACCCUAGUGGACAUGAAGAUUGAGUUUGGUGUUGAUGUGACCAAAAAAGAAAUUGUCCUUGCCGAUGUGAUUGAUAACGACUCUUGGCGUCUAUGGCCCGCAGGAGAUAAGACCCAGCAGAAGGAUAAACAGACUUACCGGGAUCUAAAGGAGAUUACUCCAGAGGCUAUGCAGAUGGUGAAAAGAAACUUUGAAUGGGUUGCGGACAGAGUGGAGCUCCUGCUGAGAAGUGAAAGCCAAGGAAGAGUCGUUGUGUUAAUGGGGUCAAUUUCUGAUCUAGCGCACUGUGAAAAAAUUAAGAAGUCGUGUGCAAACUAUGGCAUUCCCUGUGAACUGAGGGUGACGUCUGCUCACAAAGGACCCGAUGAGACUCUGAGAAUAAAGUCUGAGUAUGAAGGAGAUGGCGUUCCCACAGUCUUUGUUGCUGUUGCUGGUAGAAGCAAUGGCCUGGGUCCUGUUCUCUCUGGAAACACUGCUUAUCCAGUUAUUAACUGCCCCCCAGUUACUCCUGAUUGGGGAGCACAGGAUAUCUGGUCGUCUCUUCGAAUGCCCAGUGGUCUUGGAUGUUCAACGGUUUUGUCUCCAGAGGCAGCGGCCCAGUUUUCGGCACAGAUAUUUGGAUUGAACAAUCACUUGGUUUGGUCCAAGCUGCGUUCUUGCACUCUGAAUACAUGGAUUUCUCUCAAGCAAGCAGAUGCCACGCUGAGACAGUGCAGCAUGUAACCUCGCUCCUGAUCACAUCUUCAUUGUACCAUUAAAGCUGCGUUUCUUUUCCUAGA